GCAAGAGAGAGAGGGAGAGAGAGAGUCAUGCACUGUAUCUCUGACAGAGAGAGGACAAGACUGUCCGGCCAAUUUCGCUGUGUUUUCCUCGCCCGCCUUCCUCUCUGACCCAAACCGCUGCAUCAACACACACGGACCCCGCAUGUGAAGCGUGUGACGGCGACUACGUGAAAGCCUGGGAACAGGAGAGGGGAGGGGGGGAGUGCUGGAGCUCCACUGCAGUGUUACACUUACUCCAGUCCACAGAAGAACAUCCAAUGGAAUACAAGUGGGCUUUGGAGGCACUAGGUGGUGUAUGGGGCUGAAACACUGAUUGGUUCUAUAAACCACUUAGCCAAACACAGAGUCAACUCAGAUGCCCCUGGCCAGCUUGAGCUGAUGCUGUUUGCCCGCUGUGAAAAACCAGGGGCCUGGCCAAAGAAAGCAGUGUUGCCACAAACAAUAAAGUCCACACAGGAUGUCGUGGGCCAGGAGCCUCUUUGUGGACAGAGUGGACGAUCGAAAAACAGCAUGGGGAGAGCGGAAUGGCAAGAAGAGGAAGGAAAGCUCAUCGCUGUGCAAUCCACGAUACAUGAGUUGCCUAAGAGACCCUGAGGACCUGGACUCCCCCAGUGCAGGUCCUCAACAUUACCAUUGCAGCGCAGGCACCAGUGGGGGCAACUUUGGUCUGCGCUGCGGCUGGCAAGAGGACCACUAUGGUAAAAGGAUGGGUGGAGGUGGGGACCUGGGUCUCAAGGCCGUGGACCUCGGUUUUGAAGACGGCGAGCUGAAAGGCAGAAAAGUGGAGGAGUCGGGGGAAUCGGCAGAAAGCAAUUGCAAUACCAUGACGGCCGCAGACUGCUGGAGGAGAGUCAUGUGGGUUUUCCAGUCAAAGAAGUUCCAGUCAGCCAAGCUGGAGCGCCUCUACCAGCGCUACUUUUUUAGACUCAACCAGAGCUCUCUGACCAUGCUGAUGGGCGUGCUGGUUGUGGUCUGUGGGGUCAUGCUGGUUUUCCACUGCAUCCACACGACCCCGGAUGUGGCCUACGUCUCAGUACUGUGUGUAGCCAUGGCCCUUUUCCUGGCCAUGAUGGUGGUGUGCAAUCGUAACGGUUUUCAUCAGGACUACAUGUGGAUUGUGAGCUACCUGGUGAUCGGGGUGCUGAUCGUUGUGCAGGUGUUGGGAGUGCUGAUGGUGUUCCCCCGCAGUGCCUCGGAGGGCAUCUGGUGGACAGUCUUCUUCAUCUACAUUAUCUACACACUGCUGCCGGUCAGAAUGAGAGCAGCCGUCCUCAGUGGGGCUGUGCUAUCCACGAUACACAUCGUCACCGCCUGGCAGCUCAACCAGGAAGACAAGUUCAUUUUGAAACAGGUCAGUGCCAACGUGGUGAUCUUCCUCUGCACUAACAUGAUAGGGAUCUGCACCCACUACCCUGCGGAGGUCUCCCAGAGACAGGCCUUCCAGGAAACAAGAGGAUACAUCCAGGCCAGACUGCAUCUGCAGAGAGAAAACCAGCAGCAGGAGCGCCUACUCCUGUCAGUACUGCCAAGACAUGUUGCCAUGGAGAUGAAGGCUGAUAUCAAUGCCAAGAAGGAAGAUAUGAUGUUCCACAAGAUCUACAUCCAAAAACAUGACAAUGUUAGCAUACUGUUUGCAGACAUUGAGGGCUUCACCAGUCUGGCGUCUCAGUGCACAGCCCAGGAACUGGUCAUGACGCUAAACGAACUUUUUGCCCGCUUUGACAAGCUGGCCUCGGAAAACCACUGCCUUCGUAUCAAAAUUCUCGGCGACUGUUACUACUGUGUGUCCGGGCUGCCUGAGCCCAGGGCCGACCACGCCCACUGCUGCGUGGAGAUGGGAGUAGACAUGAUUGAAGCCAUCUCGCUGGUGAGAGAGGUGACGGGCGUUAAUGUGAACAUGAGGGUUGGUAUCCACAGUGGACGUGUUCACUGUGGGGUUCUCGGGCUCCGCAAGUGGCAGUUUGACGUCUGGUCCAACGAUGUGACACUUGCCAACCAAAUGGAAGCCGGAGGAAAAGCUGGACGUAUCCACAUCACCAAAGCAACUCUACAGUACCUGAACGGUGACUAUGAGGUGGAGCCAGGCUUUGGUGGAGAGAGGAAUGCUUACCUAAAGGAGAACAACAUUGAAACCUUCUUGGUUUUGGGUUGCAGCCAAAAGCGGAAAGAAGAGAAAGCCAUGAUGGCCAAGAUACAGCGAGGGCGUGCAAAUUCUGUUGAGGGACUGAUGCCACGCUGGGUCCCGGACAGAACCUUCUCCAGGCCCAAGGAACCCAAAGCUUUUAGGCAGAUGGGCAUCGAUGAAGCAUCCAGCAAAGACAAUCGCUGCACUCAGGAGGCCCUGAACCCUGAGGACGAAGUGGAUGAAUUCCUCGGUCGGGCCAUUGACGCACGCAGCAUUGACCAGCUGCGGAAGGAUCACGUAAAGAAGUUUCUCCUCACUUUUCAGACGGCCGAUCUGGAGAAAAAGUACUCCAAAAAGGUUGACGAUCGGUUCGGAGGUUACGUGGCCUGCACACUCCUCGUGUUCUGUUGCAUCUGCUUCAUUCAGAUUAUUAUUUUUCCAAAGACACCGCUGAUGCUAGGUCUUUACGUUAGCAUCUUCGUCAUCCUCGCCAACAUCCUCUUCAUCUGCUCCAUCUACUCCUGCAUUAAACUCUUCCCAGUUGCCUUGCAGACCGUAACCAAGAAAAUAGUGCAAUCGCGUGCAAACAGCACGCUGGUUGGCGUCCUCACCAUCCUCCUCCUCUUCGUCGCCUCUUUCGCUAAUAUGUUUACCUGCAGCAGAGAGAGACUACGGGACUGUGUAGCUGAUGAACUGAACACCUCAGCAACUCUCUGCCUGCUGCACAACCUGACCCAGACGGUAGAGGACGGUUUGACUCUGUGUUCCAGCCAGACCAUGCCCUGCCAUUUCCCACAGUACUUCAGCUACAGCGUACUGCUGACCCUGCUGGCCUGCUCUGUGUUCCUCCACAUCAGCAGCAUAGGGAAGCUUGCCCUCAUGUUGAUCAUUCAGCUCAUUUUCCUCCUACUGGUGGAGUGGCCUCAGGUGGUUCUGUUUGACAACGCGGACCUGCUGGUCAUUGCCAACACACUGCAACUGCUGCAUGUUAAUGAUUCCCUACCACAUGCGGGUUUCAAUGAAACUGCAGAACUGUGCCCAGACAGUGUUACCAAGGUAUCCCUGAAGGUCAUGACUCCUGUAAUCCUGACUGUCUUUGUCCUGGCUCUCUACCUGCACGGCCAGCAGGUGGAGUCCACUGCUCGCCUUGACUUCCUCUGGAAGCUUCAGGCCACAGAGGAGAAGGAGGAGAUGGAGGAGCUGCAGGCUUACAACCGACGGCUGCUCCACAACAUCCUGCCGAAGGAUGUUGCUGCCCACUUUCUUGCCCGUGAGCGUAGAAAUGACGAGCUGUAUUACCAGUCGUGUGAGUGCGUUGCGGUGAUGUUUGCCUCCAUCAGCAACUUCUCAGAGUUCUACGUGGAAUUAGAGGCUAACAACGAAGGCGUGGAGUGUCUCCGGCUGCUCAACGAGAUCAUCGCUGAUUUCGACGAGAUUAUCAGUGAGGAGAGAUUCCGUCAACUGGAGAAAAUCAAAACCAUUGGCUCUACUUACAUGGCAGCGUCAGGACUCAACGAUUCCACCUACGAUAAGGAGGGUCGAUCACACAUCCUGGCUUUGGCCGACUAUGCCAUGAGGCUUAGAGAGCAGAUGAAAUACAUCAACGAGCACUCCUUCAAUAACUUCCAGAUGAAGAUCGGACUGAACAUGGGGCCUGUUGUAGCCGGGGUGAUCGGAGCCAGGAAACCCCAGUACGAUAUAUGGGGCAACACAGUCAACGUGGCCAGUCGGAUGGACAGUACAGGAGUCCCGGACUAUAUUCAGGUGACCACCGACUUGUACCACGUGCUGGUCAACAAUGGAUACCAGCUGGACUGCAGAGGCGUUGUCAAGGUGAAGGGAAAGGGGGAGAUGACCACUUACUUUCUCACCAGCGGUCCCCCAGGCAGUUAACGACAGACCCGCCGCCUGCGGAGUGACUCCCACUGCACUGACAGGAUGGAGAGACUGAGCUUACAGCCCGGCGAUGAGCAACCAAAGCACUGGGUGGAGUGGACGGCCGACAGGGACGAGCCGGGCCUGUCCGUUAGUUGCCACGUCAUGAAUGAUGCACACAUGAAGGACGCUGAUCACGUUUGAAGGCUUUUACUCAAGCUGCUAGAGGGAUCAUGAAGCCCAGUUGCCUUAGGACGAAGUGGCUAUGCUUAUAUCGAUGAGCAAUAGUACCUGAAUUUUUUUUUAUUUUUUGGUUUUCCUCUGGAGACAUUAUUUAUUUUCAUGUGGACCAAACUUUCUGAAGACCUUGUACAAAAAAAGAACACACUUUAAACAACACCUAAAUAUGCAAGGAAAAAAACCUAACAGAUGAAAACAACCAAAGAACAAGAGUUUGCCAUCACUCACACACACACACACACACACACAGAGAGAGAGAGAAACAAACAGACUUAUCAUGAGACACUCUGUUCAUCUUUAAUCACCACAGGCCACGGUAAUGUCACUGUCACUGAGAGGGACGAUAAGCCUAUAUUUUAUUUUUGCUGUGGAUUUAUUCAUGAAGGAACACACACACACACACACACACACACAGACUCACUCACCACAAACUCUCUGUGACUUGCGUGAUUCUUAUCAGGGCCUUCUUUGUUUCUUCCAGCCUGUGUGAUUAGCCACAGUCUGUUUGUGGUUCAGUGAAACAUGUGACUUGCUUUCUGCAAUGUGUUUUUAGGUCGAGUACGAGACUAAAGAAGAACGACUGCAUUAUUGUCACGGUACUGCGGAUUGUCCUGAGAUAUUUUAUAUUCAGGAGUGUUUGUGUGUGUGUGUGUGUGUACGCGCGUGAGUGUGAGCGUGAGUGAGUGUGUGCACUGGUGUCAGCACAAAUAACUGAAUGCUGGUCUUUAUCUAUAAAGGGGCAUACUGUAACUUUUCACUGUGAGGUUUUUUAUGAUACUGUAUGACAAUGCUUUCUUGCCAAACUGGUUGCUGCAAGGCAUGUUUUGUAUUAUCUCCAGGUUUGUGUGUCCAGUCUUGAUUUCUUCAGUCCAGAAUGAUAAGAAGAACCAAGUUUUUUUUUUGUUUUUGUCUUUUACUGGACUGUGAAUUUGACAGAUUUCAUUCCAACUAAAAUGAGCGAGAGCCCAUGGUCCCCACUGACUUGAGGAAUAACUGUCUGCCAGAGUUUUACACUGGCUCAAAAGUAUUGCCUUCAGAUUUUUCAUUUGUCCUGGUCCAACAUAUUCAUGGGCCAGUAUAGACAACACGACACUACAGUAUAUAACCACGGCUGGUUGGAUCCUGAACGUGGUGGCUUGUUACACUUCAAAAGGUCAAUAAUUUGACGAAUGUAAUGUAAUAGAGUAUUUUUGCCCACAAUGAAAGAAAACCACUUGUUACUUUUCCGUUGUUACUAAGGGUUAUUUCUUUUAAAAGAACCAAACUCAGCCUUCUAAAAGAGGGUGGAAUUGCAGAAAAUAUAUAUAUAUAUAUUUUUGUUCAUGUUGAGGAAACAAGGAACAACAAGCCCAUUUCCAGAGAAGCUGUUAACUCAUCAAAACAAUGAAAUGAAAACAGAGCGAUGCAAUACUGCCUAAAGGUUAAAAGGUCAUGUAUAUUCUGUAGCUGUGGUUUCUGCAGUUUCUCCUGAUUCCCUGAAUGUUUUUUAUGUUAUUGAUAGUCAGACUGUGACAGACCUUCAUUAAUAUCCACACUGUGUUGAGGGAUUUUUCAGAUAAUUCUCUGGAAAAGCUCAGCAGAGUAUGUUCAGUUAGAACAAAGUUGUGUUUAUUUGCCUGGUCGAUCAAUUGUGAUUCAGUUCACUUUCUCCACCAAACAGCCCUUUUAAAUCUCCCAGGCCUUUACUGAUUACGUUAUCUGCAGUUUCAUGCCCUCGUCAUUCCAUAUUUCAGAAGAUAAUCCCGGUACUGAUUAUUUUGAGUGUGUUUGACAUGUUCAAAAAAAUGUUAAGCUAUCAACAAAAAACAAAAAAAAAAAAACAAAAAAAAAAACAAGAACAGCAAUGAAUCCUUUCAGGCAGACCUGGUCUGGGCCAGUGAUGAAACAAAUGCAAAAUGACUUUUCUUUGUCCUUUUAUAAAUCAAACAAAUCAGACAAAAGUGUAAGUGUAGAGGCCAGACGUUGGACCAGGCACCUUUUCUUGAACAACAGGCCUGGAAAGGGCUGUCUAUGGUCAAAGUGCUGUUUGGAUGUGGUCUUCAGUCUGGAUACCAAAUCUAAGCCACCACAGCAGCCAAUCGUGGUGGGCUGUAGUGGAGGCCAAAAGGUUUGUUACAGAAGUAGGAGUUUUUCUUUGUACAAACCUGAUAUUGUCAUAUGCUCACUUUAAGGUUUGAGCCUAAAACUGUUGCCUUUAAAAGCUAUAAGUAAGUUCCACAUUUCUGCUUGUCACUUUGUGUCUUCAAACGUCAACGUAAACAAAAGCUGUUUUUAUAAUCCUUUAAAUAGUAGCAGAUUUGAAGAAAUAGUGCAAUGAUUGAUUUAAACAAUUUCCACAAUGAUAAGAAAUGAAUAAACAUCUUUUUUGCAAUCGUUUUAA